UGCAGCGCAAAAUCCGGAAGCCCAUGCUUGCUUUUGCGCGUGCGCGAGCGGCCGGCCUGGUCUCCCCGCACCCUCCAGGCGGCCGAGGUCAAUUUUCACCCGGGUCCUCAGCCUCCGCGGCUUCGGUGCGGCCUCCCCCAGGUCCCCAGCGUCGGAAGCGGAGAGCUCGGCCCUGGGGAGGCCAGCGAUCACAGGGUGGCUGCCGCCGGGACCCCGCGCCCGGGCCUCCCUCCCGUCGCCGCGCCGUUUCCUGAGCCGGGUCCGCCCCGCUCGCGGCUGGGUGCGCGUCCCUAACUCUCUGCACCGGGGACUCUGGGCUGCGUCCAGCAGGCGGAGUGAGAGCGAAGGAGAUUGGAGAAUCACCUUUAAUUCUCCUCCCAAAGCGUCCUUUGCUCUCUUUCCAAAAAGGAAAAGCAUCCCUGCCAUUCGGGUCACGGGACGAGAGCCUCGCCUCGUUGUCUCUGCGCUGAUCGGUGGAUUUCGGCGGCGUGUUCGCCAUAACUUCUCAAUCGUCUGCCUUUCUUCAUGAAUGGACGAAGAAAGAAGAGCUGCUGAGUCACAGAAAAACAUGACACAGGAGUCAGUGGUCUUUGAGGAUGUUGCUGUGGACUUCAGCCAGGAGGAGUGGGCUUUGCUGGAUCGUGCUCAGAGGAGCCUCUACAGAGAGGUGAUGCUGGAGAACUUCCGGAACCUGGCCUCGCUCGGGUAUCCAGUACAUACACCCUGUCUGAUCUCCCAGUGGAAACAAGAGGAGGACCUGGAGAUAUCAAAGAGAGGGACUAUCCAUGGGGAGCACCAGGAAGGCAAGAAUUCUUGUUUGGAGACUCAACUUAAAAGUAAUGAAUCAGUCACUUCGCAAGACAUUUAUGGAGAAAAAGCAUCCAAUCAACAGAGAAUAGAAAGAUUCAAAAAGGAUGAUUCCUGGUCAUCCAUUUUGUACAAAAACUGGGAAUACCAUUACAUUGAUUAUAAAAACAAAAACCCCAAGAGACAUUUGAGGAAAAUUUGCUGACCCUUUCUUGAUGUUAUUGGA